ACCCCGAACGCUUUCUCCUCCCCAGGAACACUCAUCUACCCUCUCAUCCCAUCUACACCAUGUCUGUCAGCGCAUCUUCCGGAAACAUGCUCAGGCGCACUCUCUUCAGCGUCAGAUUGACGACGCAGCAACUGAGCGCCGCCGAGUGCUCAUCCCGGGUCGCCAGGCCCGCGACCUUGGGGUCAUACAGAUACGUCCACCGUUCGGCACGAUUGCCUGCGAUCACAGCCUCCGAGGCUCGUCGCCGGCCCACCGUGAAGCCCCAUCAACACUCCCUCGUCCAGGCCCGUGUGAACGGCCCCUCGCCGUCCAGCAAGCGGACGAUAUUCAUCCAGACCGAGAACACCCCGAACCCGGAUGCCCUGAAAUUUAUUCCCAACCACCGUAUCCUCCCCGAGAACUUCCCCUCCACCUUCCUCGAGUACCUGUCUCCCCGCUCCACCCUCGCUCCUCCGCACCCGUCCCCGUUGGCCGCCAACCUCCUCAACGUCGAGGGCGUCACCUCGGUCUUCUACGGCCCCGACUUUAUCACCGUGACCAAGGCCACCGACUCAAACUGGGCCCACAUCAAGCCCGAAGUCUUCAGUCUGAUCACCCAGACCGUCACCUCCGGCGAGCCGAUCGUCAACACCGUCGCUAAGACGGGUGGCGAGGCCGGGCAGGAGGGCGGCGAGUCGGAGUCCCUCAGCUUCGACGAGGAGGAGGACGAGGUUAUCGGCAUGAUUAAAGAGCUGCUGGACACGAGGAUCCGGCCCGCAAUCCAGGAGGACGGUGGCGACAUCGAGUUCCGCGGCUUCGAGAACGGUAUCGUGCUGCUGAAGCUGCGCGGCGCUUGCCGCACUUGCGAUUCGAGUACCGUCACGCUCCGCAAUGGUAUCGAGUCGAUGCUUAUGCAUUACAUCGAAGAAGUCCAGGGAGUCGAGCAGGUACUCGACCAGGAAGAGGAGAUCUCAAUGCACGAGUUCGCCAAGUUCGAGGAGAAGCUGCGGAAGCAGAAGGGCCCUGAUGCCACGGCCUCGACGGGUGGCAAGGGCACUUUGGAUUCGGCGCCUUGAGCGAG